CGCCGCAGCCGCGCAGACACCGCCCGGGACGCCGCCGCAACCACCACCACCAUCACCACCAUCACCAUCUCCGCCGCCGCCGCUCCUCGCUGCAGGCUCCGCGCGCCAGCCCGACUUCUGCGGCACGGAGGAGGGGCCUCCGGGUGCGCCACUCGGGAGCUCGGGGCCGUGGCACCAGGCCUCCGUGCGCGGCGCCCACGCUCCCGCCGUCCAGCUCCGCAGCCACCUGCUCGGCCACCACCGCCCCCCAACACCCCUGGGGAAGGAAAGAGGACACGAUGCGCUCCAGGCUGGCGCGCUCCGCGAGGCCGCCCCUGCUGCUGCUCCUGCUGCUGCUGGUACUGUCGCCGCCGUCGCUCUCCCUGGAGGAUGCAGCCAAAGACCCAAGUGGCGAGACCUCAGCCACCACCACCAAGCCCACGGCGACGGGCCAUCAAGACCCACCUACCCAGCCCGCCCGCGUGGCAUCGCCGGAGACGCACCCAGCCAGUGCCGCGGGGACCACGCUGGCUCAACCCCAGGGGGGCGGCUCGACGGCAUCCACGGGCCCGGUGGUGACCACGGCCCCCGCUCCGCCACAGACUUCCGUGCCGCCCUCCAAGACCGAUGCCAACGUAAGGGAGGGCAUCCCUACUGGCACCGUCAGCGCCUCCCAGGAUGACAAGCUGCCAACCACCUCCCCAACUCCAGACAAAGAGUCAGCCACCACCGGCGACCAGAGCAGCGACGGUGGCGUUCCCACAGCCCCCGGGGGGGCCCCGACCACCCUCUCUCCCUCCCCCCAGCCUACAGACCCGGUGGGCACCACCCAGGCCCCGCCGCUUCCCACGCUCGCCAGCACCGCAAGCCCUGGCCAGCCCCCAGAGGCUACUUCCGAGGGGCAGCUCAGCUUGGCCACAGUCGCCAGCACUUCGGGGCCCGCGUCCAGCCCUGCUCUCUCCACUGCGUCCCAGAGGGCGUACCCCACGCCCACACUGCCAGGCAUCUCUGAAGAAACUGAGCUCACCUCGAGGCAGAUGCCAGCCGGUCCCACGCAGCCUUUCUCCACUGCCCCGCAGCCCACGGGAUUGUCAGCAGAAACUGGACCGACGCCUACUAUUGGUGAACCCACAAACCUCAGCACUAUCUCGGCUCCAACUACUACCCCAGAACACCCCAGUACACCCUCUCCCACUUCAGCUUUUGGGAAGAACAAGGUCAAGUGUGAUCCCGCCAUCAGGCCAGACGAGAAGCUACUCAUCCUGAACCUCACAGAAGCCCGCCUCUGCGACGGGAGCCCUUCAGAUGACAAACUGGUGUCAUUGCUGUGCCGGUCAGUCAAAGCCUCCUUCAACCCAGCCAAGGAUCAGUGCACUGUCCAGGUGGCACCUCUUCUAGAGAGCCACGCGGUGGCAGUGAAAAGAAUCAUUAUUGAGACAAUGCUGCCUCCGCAGGACGUGUAUGAGCUGCUGAAGAACAAAUGGGAUGAACUGAAAGAGGUGGGAGUCACCGACAUACGGCUGGGGCACGAAGGACCACCCGAUGACAUGAACGAGGACCGCUUCAGCAUGCCUCUCAUCAUCACCAUUGUGUGCAUGGCGUCCUUCUUGCUCCUUGUUGCAGCCGUUUACGGCUGCUGCCACCAGCGCCUUUCCCAGAGGAAGGACCAGCAACGACUCACAGAGGAGCUGCAGACAGUGGAGAACGGUUACCAUGACAACCCGACACUGGAAGUGAUGGAGACCUCUUCUGAGAUGCAGGAGAAGAAGAUGGUCAACCUUAAUGGCGAGCUAGGGGACAGUUGGAUCGUCCCUCUGGACAACCUGACCAAGGAUGAGCUAGAUGAAGAGGAAGACACACACCUCUAACCGGGUCGGCUAGCUGCCAGCCACAGACAGUACCACAGAACUGCAGACCACCCCAAGUGCCAUUUGGACAGGAGAGGAAAACUCCUCCCCGUGCAAGGAGGGAAAGGACUGGGGGAGAGAGAGUGGACACCCAAGGGUUGCCUCCUCCCAAUCCACAGGGCCUUAAUUUCUUUUCCCCUUGUCAAGCUGAACCAGUCACAUGCUGUCUAGAUCCAUCUUCUAAAAUAACCCACUAGUGCCUGAGCCCAGAGCUGCUGGAAGGCGAGAGGAGGGAGGUGAGCAAACCACGUGAAGGGACUCGAUCCUCUGGGAGUGGUAUGCCUUCAUUUCGCAAGGCGAGACGAUCCAGGCCUACAAGAGGCCAGGUGAUUUGCACAGGGUCACACAGCCACUUGGUGACAAGAGAUUGUUUCCUUUAGUCUGGUGUACACUUGUGUCUCCUCCCCAAGGGCAGACUUAGUGAGCUGGUAAGGAGAACAAGCCCUUUCUGUCUCAGGGGGAUCUGAUGGCUCAAGAGGACAGGUCCCAGGUUUCUUUCUCCUGCUAUUGCCUCAUCUGCCAGCAUAUUACCUCAGCCCUCGCCCCCAGUACCACUCAGCCCGUGGGAGAUGAUUUCCCUGUGUUUGCUUAAUGAGAUUGGGACUGAACCCACACAGGCCUCUCCCUGUGUGGAUGAGGUCUGCUUAAGGGAUGGCUGGACAGGUGGCGAAGGGCGAUCCUCAUCCUGGGAUGGCUUCUUGGCAGCUGGUGGCCCGUCAUCCAGGGCACUCCUGGAAGAUGCUCCCAAGGUCUCUGGCUUUCUCCCACUAGGAACAAAUCUGCAGUAGCUACUGAAGGGCAAGGAAUCCCUACUCUGUUGCUCAAUGAUCAAUGGGGUGAACCCCCAAAGCCUGGCACAUGAGUACUAUUGUAGGGACAGACCUGUCCCAAGGCCCUGACCGGCAGAAAGGUGUCUCCGUAGACAAUCGACAUAAACUGCCAGGGGUUCCUUUUCCACAGGAAAACUCAGGGACUUUUCAAGUUGCUGAGAAUGAUGCUGUUUUCGUAUUGUUUGUCUAAUCCAGCCCUCUAUCGCCAAAGCCCAAACCCGGAAACUUUCAGUCAGCUUAGAUCGCCAGUCCCAGUUCUCCUGUGCCAUGCAGAAAGGAGGGCCCAGAACACACAGUAUGUUUUAAGGUUCCCCAUGGCCCAGUCGCUUGGCACGGACCCAGACUUCUGUUUCCACUUCCCCACAUUCCUGGUGGAGCUAUUGCCACCCUUGGCUUCGGGCAUCUCAGGGAUUCAUGAAGUCCUCAGCACAGGGGUUAUACAGGCUCAGCAGUCCACAUGCCUUUAGAAACUGCUGAGGGCAAGACAGAGCAAAGCUUCAUCUGGUUGUCUGAGGAGGACGCUACAUGGAGUUUUGAACUUGACCUAUGAAAUCUUUGUUGUUGCUGGGCAUAAACUCCUCAUGACCAACUAUGUGCUUUGUGAUAGCUAACUGAAAAAGGAUCGGUUCAGGAAGCUUUGGAUCCCUCUUUUACAGCCAAGGGCUUGUGAUUCCCGAGGGGAAAAGGCUGAUAGGGAAUCGAGGUAGGACUCCAGAGAGUUGGGGAUGCUAAGUUCACAAGAACGUAAGCAUGCACCAGUUUAGGAGCUAAGCAAAUUGUAUUCUAGGGAGAGGUCUGCUUGCUUCCUUCCUUCCUUAGGUCUAGCAAUCCAAUCCUGCGUGAGAGGCCAGACUAGAGUGCCAUUCCUUGUCCCCUUCCUGGUCACAGAUACCAGCAACUACUGUUUCUGCAAGUUGAUCAAGGACCCUGAACCCAAGGCCUCUGAGAGAUGGCUGCCGCCAUUAGAGGUCAGGAGUCACUCCAGUCCGGAAGAGUGACACUCUGUGUCCUGGGAGAGCCAGUGCUCUCCUCUCUUAUGCACACCCAAAUGGCACUGCCUUUUAGUACACCUCGAGAAUGGGGUUCCUGGCCCUGGCUUGCUCUUGCCAGUGUACGUAAACGUCAUCUUCCCAUGUCCUCACUGGGUUCUUAGCGCUGUCAGAGCAUUCAGAUUCUGGGGCUGGGAAAAGGUAAGAGGAAGCGGGUUCAGCAAGAUCUUAAAACCCGGCAUACCAAAGAGAAAUGAGGACUCUGUCUCGUGUCCCCCCCCCCCCCCAGCUGCAAAAUCCAUGGUGGGUCUGCCCAAGCCCAGAGGGCAGCAUGCGGGGCAGGAGGAGGGAGGCAGGCCACCACACCUCUGAAGGAGGCACACAAUGCCCUGCGUUCUAAAACACAAUACGGGUUCUAUCAGUUGACUCUAGGUUUUCCCCUUCUCGAAGAGAAGCUAGCAGAAAGUUUCUUUAAACUAUUUCCUUGUGCUUUUUUUUCUCCUUUUUUGGGGGGACAGUAUACUGGUAAAACUUUGAAGAGCAAGUUCAAGUUAACAUAUAUAUGCACAUUUUUGACAAUGUAAAUAAAACAGCCACAUGUUAACCCCCCCCCCCCGCACUGCUUUAAGUGAGUAUACUUUGGGGAAAAAAAAACAUUUGUUAGCUAAGAGAGCGUUCUUGUCUCUGAACAAGAAUGUAAAUGUCUUAUCUUACUAGAAAUGACAAUUUUUUUUUUUUAAAUGAAAAGUAGAUCAAGACAGCUGGUGAACAAGUACUGUCUUGCAGAUGGGGCAUUUUUAUUUUAAAGCAUGGUCCUUGCUCCUUUUGCACCAGCUUCCAUUCUGAGUGCAGUAAGGGCUGGUUGGUAUUGGUAUAUUCUGGUUGCAAGGUGACAAGUCUCAUCACAGGGAGAAAGAUGAAGACCUAUUUCAGUCUUUCUACAGGAAAGCACACCUGACAUCCCAGAGGUCAAGGGUCCAUGGCAGACAAGAUUAAAACCUGGGUCCACAGAUGGCCCUGGGCCGAGCCUCUGAGGGAAUCUGGUGGCCACUCCUAAGCACCAGAGGAUAGGAUGCCACCACUCAUUCGCCAGGAUUACCCUGGCGGGCUUGGGAGAACAGGAAGACAACAGGAAUGAGGCUAGGCUCUGGAGUCAUUUGGAUCCAAGAUGUAAAUAAACGGUUUUCUGCCAAGAAACAAUUUUGAACGAACUUCCAUUGCAGAACUUGUAGCAGAGCAAGGAUCAAAGGGAAAGGCAGAGGGGCACAGAAGACCCACAGCUGAGCUCUUGUCACGGUCACCUGCUGAUUCUCAGGUCCGCCAAAACCCAUCACCCAGUGGAAGGCGGGGAUUGUUUCAUGGGGGGGAGGGUCUUUUGUUCUUAGCCAAUGGUAAGAUGGUUUGCUCAGAAGACUGGGGAGCAUAUAUCUUAGUGGACAGGGGUCUGAAGUACACUGGAAUUUAUUGAGAAACUCGUUUGUAAAGACUAUAGUUAACUACUGCAUUUUCUUACAAAAUAUAUUUUGGAAAAUUGUACACUGUCAAUUAAAAUGCUUUUGUGUAAGCUGGUUCAAGCUCUA